AUGAAGUCCCAGGGAAAUGUGUCUCUGUCCGCUCUUCUUAAUGCCCUGGACGGCGUAUCUUCGCAGGAAGGUCGAUUGCUGAUUAUGACGACAAAUCACAUCGAGCGUCUGGAUGACGCGCUCAUCCGCCCUGGCCGCGUGGAAAGAAAGGUUUUGUUUCAGCUCGCUGAUGAGAAGAUGAGUUCCCGUCUUUUCUGCACCGUUUUCAAGCGGUCGGAUGAGGAUGACAGCAACCCAGAAAAGAGACUGAUGCAGAAACGAAGACCGAUGAUGAAAAAAUUAAUCGACUUGCGCGUGAGUUUGCCGCCAAGAUACCGGACCACUUGUUUAGCCCGGCGGAGAUACUAUUAUCGUUCCUGCUUGAACGCAAGCAGUGGCCUACCGACGCAGUGGCUGAUGCGGACAGCUGGGUUGCUAAAGCCAGCAAAGAAAGGGGAAAGCCGGAGAAUUCCUUACCGGAAAAACGUUGGCUUAUUAUACGACCGGAUUAUGGUUGAUCCGCCGUGCCAACCGACGACACUGUCACCGAACUGUAAAUCUUCAUAUAAUGAUGGAUAA